AGUAUCUGAAGUCCCAGGGCGAGAGCCUGGGACAAAGGAUGCUUGCCAGUGGUAGUGCCUGGCUACAACUUGCCUACAAGUAUGCUAUGCUGUACAAGGUGUUGAGAAUGAUUGAAUUUUGCCUGCUCAAUCCACACGGUAUUUGGGAUGGUUGAGUUCUGCUCAGCCGAUAUAAUUUGGAACUCAUUUGGCUGAUUUGACCUGGAGCACAAAAAAUAUUAUUAAUAAUAAUAAAAAAAAUCUGUCUACCAGUGAGGAUGCUCUGGCUGGGAGGACCCUUGGGGACCGUGGGGCCGCUUUUCUGUCCCUCAUCCUUUCAUGUUUCCCCACAGUUUCACUAGGCAGGAGUCCGCUGGCUCCUUUGAUGCAUUCAAGGGCCAGUGGGCACUGGCUGGUGUGCUCUGUUGGUGUGUGUCAUGUUUCCCCCCCCGACUUUGAACUUCUGACUUUGUUCCUGCCCCUGUUUCCCUGUUUUCUCUUUAGUUGUGCCCCAAAAUCAAUUGGCGUAUACCCAAGAGCUCCUGUGUCACACCAUAGCAGAGGGCGAUGCUGAAAGGGAGAGUGAACUGGGUAUGACCAGGGGUUUUCCCCACUUCCUCUCCCACUUACAGCCUCCAGCAUUUAGGGCCUAGGAAAGUCUGGUUCAGAUGGUGCCCCUCACUCCUGUGCUCAGUUGCGACUAAUGCCCCUUUGCUUCAAGAAUGCAUCCAAUCUCUUUUUGAACCUGGCUAAACUGUCAGCGUCCACAGCACCUGGUGGCAAGGAGAUCCACACUGUGAUGACACGCUGUGUGGAAAGGAACUUCCUUUUGUUAAUUUUAAACUGCCUUCAUUUUAUGGGCCUUAAUUCUUAAAACUGGGCAGUGCCCAGGAUCAUUUGUUCCUACUUACAAGGGUCAGUUUCUGACUGCACCUGAGUCCAUUAUAUUCUGGGCAUGAAAGUGGUUCUGAAAACACUGAGUUGGAUCGUCAUGUUGGGUAAGCCCAGAUCUGGUACCUUGUGUCUGACCCCAGUGUGAGCUUAGUAGGGAAAAGAGAGGAAUACCAUUAAGAGGUGUCUGGGUUCUGUGUGAGCUGGUGUCCCUGGUAGUGGGUCAGGCCUCUUAGAGAGAGGCUUAAGCUCCCUGCAGUACAUGGCAGUACUGUAUCACAGUGGGGGAGGAUUUAUCCCCAGUCCCAUGCAUAUCUUGCCCCCAACCUUUCCCUCCCAGUUGCUGCAGGUGCUCAAGAUAAUACUAAAAGACACUGAGGGCCAUUCAGUACCAUGCAGUUACUCUGGUAUAGGACCUACCUUGUGUGACCCUAACAGAUGACCCCUGCUUAAUGUGCCCCCAGAGUCUAUAUGAGCAUUCAUGAUAGUUUAAUUCACAUUUCUAGAUUGCUUUGAUCUCCCCUGCAGUUCCUUCUCAGCAUAUCCCAAUAGAUAAUCCCUCUGAAAUGCUUAGGAGAAAUAAUUUUCUUUACUCUUUCUCCAGGGGAGGAAACGUGUCAGUUGUACAAAAGGCUCCGAUGCAGUCUGGCACUGGAUUGCUUUGUAUUUAAGAUCUUGCUGUCUCAUACCCACACUUAUGACCCCUGUUACCAUUAUAUUAAAAUACAGGAUACCAAUUAUAGAGGACUUUCCUCCCUUACAUUGUGCUCUCGCUGUUUUUCUCCUUUCUUCUCUUUACCUUAUGCUGUGUGCUUUCUUUCUGUGCUCUUCCUCACCCUGUGUCCUAGGUUCUCUGAACAAGCAGGUCUUGUAAAGGACAAAUGCCGAUACCUGCCAAGAUCUUUCCUGGCCAUAUUCUGACAGGUUUAUGUCCCCCUUGCGCAGCACUUGCUGCUGCGUAAUUGAUAGCAUGCAGGGGACGGGUAGAUGGCUGGACUUUUCAGCAUGCGGCUGGUGCAAUGUAAGCUAAUCUGACUUCCUCACCCUUUGGCCCUGCUUGAUCACGUUUGUUUUUAGCAGCAUUUAAAGAGAAGUCCCAUUAUCUUAGGCCUAUCUCACACAGGCUUUAGUGCUGCUACUGCUUCUCUUGCGUGGAACAUAAACGACUAACGUACACAGGACCAGAUUCAUCCCCAGUGCACAAGAAGGCAGCUGUCUUGGUUUCAGUAGGAGCUCCACCAAUUGACACCAAUUGAAGAUCUGUCCCAGAAUAUUUAUCUAAUCUACAUGUUUAUGGGGCUAUUGAGAUAAGCAGAAGAAACUCUUAGAAAGAGUGGCUUGUGAUGUCCCGCAAGGAGUUCCUCCUGUAAUCUCUUGGGUGCUUGGCCGGCUUAUUGGAAACCUCAUCUGUCUGAACUGGCUGCUGUGGAUCCCAGUGCCUGAGUAACCAGGACUGUAGACAUGGAUUUUCUAUGGGUUGGCACCUUUGUGUUCCUCCUAGUAUUGUCCAAGGGCAACUCUUCAGACACAGAGAAGCAGAGGACAGACUCUGGCUUGGAAAUCUAUAAGAAGCUGUUUGAAGUGAAGCGCAAGGACCAGAUGAAUGCACUGAAGAACCUGAUCGAGCUCAAUGAUGUGAACCAACAAUAUAAAAUCAUUGACAUCAUGCUGAAGGGGCUCUUUAAAGUGCUGGAAGACUCGCGGGCAGUCCUUAUAGCUGCAGAUGUGCCCCCCGAUGGGCCCUUCCCUCAGGAUGAGAAGCUAAAGGACGCAUAUUCCCAUGUGGUGGAAAACACUGCCUUUUUUGGAGAUGUGGUUCUACGCUUCCCCAAGAUCGUGCACCAUUACUUCGAUCGCAACUCCAACUGGAACAACCUGAUCCGCUGGGGGAUCAGCUUCUGCAACCUGACGGGAGUGUUUGACCAGGGUCCCCAUUCCCAAGUGCUCGGACUGAUGGCUCAGGAGCUGGGAAUUAGUGAGAAAUCUCCAGAUUACCGGAAUCCCUUCAAAACUGACCAUUCUGAGUUUUUUCCUGGUGCAGACACAUUCCAGAAGGCCCUCCGAGAGGAAGAGAAACGCAGAAAGAAAGAAGAGAAAAGGAAGGAAAUCCGCAAGGGGCCCCGGAUUUCACGCUCGCAGUCUGAGUUGUAAUGAUGGGACCCACCUCAUCACUGGGACCCCUGCUGGCGGGAGAUGCAGCAAAUGGAAGUGGAGUGUCUUACCCCCUCAGCAGCCUCAGGAAAAGGCCGGGCAGUUCACCUUUCAUCUGUGCGGUGAUUUUUUCUUUUUCUUUUUUUUCCAUGGUAUAUCAGUAAGGACUGGAUUGAAUCCUGACAAGGAACUGGGUGGAAAUCCUGGCCUUUCAGUGCAACCCCUGUGAGAAAGCUCUUUGUAUAAACUGGAAUACAGAGAGUCUGGCAGAGAA